GAUCGGGACGGACAAGGACGAAGUGCACACGGCAGAAACGGCACCGAAGAACUUCCUGGCGACCCACUCGCUAGGUCGACUCUCCUGCCUGUCCACCAGCAAAACCCUGUUGGGAGGAAAAUGCAACGCCGGGACCAUGAUGAUCCCAAGUGUCAUCGCGCCUCCUGCCCUCUACCCGGGUCUGUACCGGCCCGCAGCGACCCUGCCGCUCCACCACAGCCUGCCGUCCGCCUUCCAGACCAACUCCAGCUUCCUUGUGGAGGACCUGCUCCGGAUAAGCCGCCCCGCCGCCUUCAUUAACCGGACUGCCCCGUCAGUGAGCGCCUCCCUGCCCACAGCUACCACCACUGUGUGUUUUAGCGGGGCGCCAGCGGAGCGCGCAUUGGCCACGACCGCGGUGACGCGCGAAUCGUGCUCGCCCAAAACGUCGCUGCCGAGCAGCAAGGACCCAAGUUUUCUCAAGUUCGGAGUGAGCGCCAUCCUCGCACCUUCACCAAAGACUGCGUCCUCACCCCCCACAAUAUACAACCUGCACUCCAAGACCAUCCCCUUCCCCUGCUUUGACGGAACCUUUCACCCCAUAUUCAGGACGCCUUAUUUACCAGCAUCUUCAUCCGUUGUUCCUAUCCCCGGGACGUUUUCAUGGCCCCUGGCCGCCAGAGGGAAACCGCGGAGAGGGAUGCUGAGGAGGGCUGUAUUCUCCGACGUGCAGCGCAAAGCACUGGAGAAAAUGUUCCAGAAACAAAAAUACAUCAGCAAGCCCGAUAGGAAGAAGCUGGCAUCUAAACUGGGCCUCAAAGAUUCACAGGUGAAAAUCUGGUUUCAAAACCGGCGGAUGAAGUGGAGGAACUCCAAGGAGCGAGAGCUGCUGUCGUCAGGCGGGUGCCGCGAGCAGACGCUGCCCACAAAAGCCAAUCCGCACCCUGAUCUCAGCGACGUGGGCAAGAAGUCCUCAGCCGAGGACGAAGAGGAGGAGUACGAGGAAGAGUUCGGAGGAAACAGAAUGAAGGCAGCAGAGUCCAGUAUCUCCUCUCCCUCUCUCUCCAGUAAGCACUCGGACUUCUCAGAGUCAGACGAAGAAGAAAUAACAGUAUCUUAAUUUAUUUUAAAAUGAAACUAUAGAGAUAUAACCCACCAUUUGUUUUUAUGAGACUGUGACCAGAAUUGUAAGGAGCUCCCGUCGUGAAAAAACAAUAAACAAAAAAACAGAACCCAUAAAUGUCACUGUUAAAAAAAAAAAAAAAAAAAGAAGAAAAAAGUU